AUGUUGCACUUCAUAUUUGACACCACCGUAAUCAACUGUGCAAAGACAAUGACAAGAAUCUUCUUUAUGUUGGUGGCGAUCAUGAUUUCUGGCACCACGUCUGCUGGUGAGAAAAAUUCACCACCAAUCCAAGAUUUAAAAGAAGUAAAGAGAUCUGCAGAUGAAUUCUUGAUGAAGGAAAACAGGCAGAAGAGAACCCAAUUCACUGCUGUUCGAAUCAAUCCAAAAAUAAUAGUCGAACAGUGCGCUGUUCCACUUGAAUCGGACUGGGCAUCUUCAGACAGUGGAGUUCUAGGAAAAAGAGUUCAAGUUGUCUGCAGAUCGACAUUGCACGACAAAAAGGGUUGGCGUGUUCUGGUGCCAAUUGCAGCGUCAGCCACACACAAGAAUUAG